GCGAGCGAGCGAUCCCCCCCACAGGCACCAGCAAACACACAGAUAGCCACAGACAGCAGAUAGCCGAGCACUCUCCAGCCACCUCCACCAGAUUGGUGCUGCAGUUUCCACAGACACUUUAAGGGGAGCCGAGAAGAAGGACUAAUCCCCCCUCCCCCAACCACCGCCCAGCGACUCGGUCAUUUCGUCGAGGGUGAAUAUUGGACUAGCCUCACAACACAGGACGGCCAUCAUGAGUGACUUUGGCUACCGCCGGGAGCUCAGCAAGUAUGAGGACAUGGACGAGGACGAGCUGCUCGCCAUGCUCAGCCCCGAGGAGCUCGCCGAGCUGGAGAAGGAGCUGGCCGACAUCGACCCCGACGCCAACGUGCCCGUCGGGCUCAGGCAGAGGGACCAGACGGAGAAGACGCCCACCGGCACCUUUAGCCGCGAGGCGCUCAUGAAGUACUGGGAGAGGGAGACCGAGAAGCUGCUGGAGGAGGAGAGGAUGGGCUCUAGCCCUACACAGUUUCAGGCACAUGAAGACGCAAAAAGUGAUGAGGAAGAGGAGUGUGUGACAGAGAGUGACGCCUCUGAAGACGAGAAGGAUAAACACGAGGCAGAUGAGAAAGGCAAAGAUAAGGAUGACCACAAAGAGGAAGAGGAAGAAGAAGAAGAGGAAGAGAGUGAGUCUGAGGAAGAGAGCGAGUCUGAGGAAGAGGCAGUGACUGAGGAUGAGGAGGAAGAGGAGGAGGAUAAACAGCAGAAACCAGACAUUAAACCGGAGGUUGUUAAACAAACUUACCUGGAGGUACCAAAGCAAACCUUCCACCAAAACCAAGAUUUCCCCAUAAGAAGAAGCCCAGACCCACUAAGAACGCCUACUCCAACUCCUCCUUCCAACAGCGAGAACCCAACCGUGGUGGACGACGUCCUGGAGAAGAUCCUGGCCAACGACCCGGACACAACCGAGGUCAACCUCAACAACAUCGAGGACAUCUCCAAGGAGAAUCUUGUGCGCUUCGCCGAAGCGCUGCGCUCCAACACCCACGUCACCAACUUCAGCCUGGCCAACACUCACGCCGACGACCACGUGGCCUUCGCCAUCGGCAAGAUGCUGCGGGAGAACAGCGGCAUCAUCCGCCUCAACAUCGAGUCCAACUACAUCACGGGCAAAGGUGUGCUCGCAAUGGUGCAGGCCCUGACGAAAAACAAGACGAUGACGGAGCUUCGGUUCCACAACCAGCGGCACAUCUGCGGUGGCCAGGUGGAGAUGGAGAUGGUGAAGCUGUUGAGGGAGAACACCACCUUGCUGAAGCUGGGCUACCAGUUUGACCUGCCGGGCCCCAGGAUGAGCAUGACGGGCAUCCUGACCCGCAACCAGGACUACCAGAGGCAGAGACGAAUGCAGGAACAGCGGCAGCAAGGUGGGGCAAAUGCAGGAGCAUCGGCGGUCAACCCUCGUACGAGUGCCCUGCAGAAGAACACCCCGACGCCGUCGCCGUACGGAACGCCCCGAAGCUCGCCGUGGUCUUCCCCUAAGUUGCCGCGCAACGAGGCCACGAAGAACGCUCCACCUGCGCCUCCUCCUCCACCUCCUCCUCCCCCACCACCACCUCCUCCGCCCCCAUCCUCCAAGCCGGCGGUGGAGAAGAAGAAGAACGCUCCGACCAGGAUGAUCGCAGAGGUCAUCAAACGGCACGAGGAGUGCAUCGAGGGAGAGGCCCCUGUGAAAUCGAAAUCUAAAACCAAGAGUAAAAAGGGCAAGAAAGGCGCGAACAAAGUCAAGACACCCAACAUUCUCAAGGAACUGAAAAACGCCCUGAGGCCUGUAGACAGAAAGGGUGAAGAGCUGUCCAGGCCCUCCACUCCACAGAGGUCAAGCCACGAUGAAUUAAUGGCAGCCAUUCGUGGAAGCAGCGUAAGAUCCCUCCGAAAGGUGGAGAUACCGCAUCACCUUCAAUAAUCCGUUUCAGAGUCUGUGAGUGCAGCAGGACUCAUUGAAGAUGGAUUGAGAACAAUCUAUUGAUGCGGAGUUUACUUCUGAAGUGGGAGAACCUGGAUAUUUGCACUGUUUAUGUGAUACUUGGAAUACUAAAACCUGUUUUUUUCUAUGCCAUUGGAACUGAAUUAUAUUUAUACUGUAUAUGACAGUCUUUUACUGCCUUUGACGGUUUUAAGAUUUUUGAAGAUUGAAAAAAAAAGAUUUCACUUGUGUACAGAUGUAAAUAUUGACUAAUUGUGAGACAAUAAAAGGUGCCGUGUGAACACUGUAUUACUCAAA